UUAGGGUUUCUUUCAACAUUCUUCUUUCACAUUGAGCCGUUUUCAGUCACCAUUGUUAGAGGUGAAGCAAGCCCAUAUAUGGAGAAACUUGAAUCGGCGGGAGCGGUUGAUCAAGAAGAACAAUUUCGUUUGGCAGUUGAGUCCUUAUUCGAUGAGGCAGACAAAUUAUUGGCUGAUAAUGAGCCUUUGGAACACAAUAUCCAAUCUGAUGGGAACGUAACAAAGCAACAAAAUGUGGAACUAGGAAGUGAAAGUGGAACUGGGAGCGGGAGCAAUAUUGAGCAGCACAGUGUGACGAAUAAUAAAGAAGGUGCAAUAUGCUCAAUGUCAAUGGUUAAUCAGAUUCAGAUGGAGAAUAUUACGGAUAACUUGGCACAGAAAACUGGCGAUGAUGUCAAUGGAAUUAUAAAUUGUGAUGGUGGGCGUCAAGAACAUACCGGAAUGAACCACAAUUUAGAGGCUUUGACACAUAUUAUAGAUGAUGAAAAAAGUAUUGAGAUUAGUGGAGACAUUACUAGCUUGGUUCCUCCGAUUGUCAAUGUUAACAAUGUCCAUCGUGAUGAGCAACCAAACUCUAACUCUCAACACUCAACUGGUUCUGUGUUACCACCACCUACUGUAUCCCAAAAUCAUCCUCCAAUAUUGCUGGAUUAUGCGGAAGUAAGGUCAUCAGCAGGAAAUAAUUGGUCCAAUAAUAAUAAUAAUAAUGUAAUUAACUCAUCCAUUAUCAACGGUGAGAAUCAUGUGAUGAUGAGAAAUAACAUUCAACGAUCAGUUAUUCCAAGCACCAACAAUGUUCAAUUCCAGAGCCCAAACCAUUCCAAUAGAACAGGAACAAGACCACUCUCAACUAUCCCAAUUCUACAGACGAAUCAGAAUCAGGUUGUUGCUGCUGCACAAGUGAAUGGAAUAGCUCACUCAUUUGGUCGAACUAAUCAUCAUGAGUCUAAUAUGAUUUACUCAUCCCAUCAUCAAUACCAAAAUGUUUAUCCUGAAAACGUAUCACCCCAUCAACUUGGGACAAUAAUGAACAACAAUAAUCAAUUAGUCCCAAACAACAUGAGUACAAACUAUGGAAACUUUGUCAACGGCAACAAUCAAUAUCAGCAACCACAGUCGUCCAUCUAUCCACCCAAUUCAAUAUUCUCUCCAAACACACAGAUGAUGAAUACUACUGGUGGAAUGGGAGUUGUAAAUCAAUUUAAUAGACAGAUAAAUAACUCAGCCCAGCAAGUGAUUUUCACUCCUCAAUUGGUGAUGAACAAUAUUGGUGCUAACUUAAGUGCAGUUGAAAACAAUAAUCCUCCGGGAUAUAAUUGGGGCCAACAAAGUCAGCAUCCACAAAUGAACAAUACCCAAAUUCCACCAAUGCAAUAUGUCGUUAAUUACAACCCAUACGGUCAAAACUCAUCAGCAGCGUCUCUCAGGGGGGGCCAAAAUGUCUCGUACCAUCAGCAAGUCCAAGUUCCAGUUCCAGCCACUCAAUUUGACCGAGUAGUCAUUAACUCGACUCUGCACCCUAAUGUUCAAAUAGUUCAUCAUUUCAAUCGCAGGCCUAUUGCACAACAAGAAGCAAGAAACAAUGAAUUCAGAGCAUCAUCGUUUAAUUUUACUAUGCCAUCUUCCUUAUCGUCCUCAAGGACCAACCUGGCGUCACAAUAUUCUAACGUGAAUGUCCCACCACAAGUACAACCAGUCCAAUUUGGAGAUACCAUUAUUCAACCAUCCAAUCUGUCUCGGGUGAAUUUGGACAAUAAUCAGCGGCAGCUUCAAGUGAAUACUACUAAUAAUGCUAUGAACUCUAAUCACUGUCGUGGAGGGCAUUCUUUCUUUUCUAGAUCGCAGGGUACACCUAACGGUGGUGGUGUGUAUGGUUUGACUGCCAACUCUACCAAUAAUACAGCUGAUCAUGUAUUGAUGAACUCACAACAAGGUGGGGUUGGGGUUGGAAUUCAGAGCAAUGGACAGGCAACUGUUAUUCAAAACAACAAUGCAGCAUCUACACAAGAGAGUGAAAUAACUUCCGAGAGGCGUGGGCGUGGCCGUGGCCGUGGCCGUCUCACUACUAAAAAUCCACGAGAUGAAAUUGGAGAGUCGUCAACGUCUUCUAAACGUUUGAAGAAGGAAGUAGGAAAUGAAAAAGAAAUUGCAGAAGUGCCAAACAAUGAUGCAGCCGAUAACUCCAACCAGCCUGCUAAUUCCUCAAGGGACAUAAUAAAUACUGCUUAUGACCCAUCAUAUGAAGAGAAUGGCAUAGCUAUUGACCCCCAUAUUCGGUCCUUUACUUCAUCCUCCAUCUAAUUAAUUACCACAUUUUGGUAAUUAAUUACAAUUCCCAUAUCAUCUAUCUCUGUUUUUGGUUCAAUAAUUUCUGCCUUCAUGACAAUCAGAAAGAACAUGUUGCUUGUUUUAUUUACAUGCAGACAAGUACUUAAAUCUGUUAUUUUAUUAAACCGGUUGAUUGGUUUGAGAACUCAUACAAUUUAUAUUUUUAUUGAGACAUAAAACUUUGGGCUACAAUGUCAUUAAAUUCAUGGUGGGUUACCGUUACAGUGAACAAUUUUAGCAUUGUU